ACGCACCUCUCGGCGCGGCCGCAGUUUGCCGCCGAGAUGGCUCUCGGCGCGCUGCAUCUCGCCGCGUAUCAGCGGCAAGCGGCGCUGCAGGCGCUGCGCUCGCGCGCGGUCGACCCUCGCGCUGUGUGGAGCAAGGUGGAGGAGCGGCACCUCCCCAUAUCUCCCACAUCUCCCCACAUCUCAAGGUGGAGGAGCGGCACCUCCCCAUAUCUCCCACAUCUCCCCCUCAUCUCAAGGUGGAGGAGCGGCACCUCCCCAUAUCUCCCACAUCUCCCCCUCAUCUCAAGGUGGAGGAGCGGCACCUCCCCAUAUCUCCCACAUCUCCCCCUCAUCUCAAGGUGGAGGAGCGGCACCUCCCCAUAUCUCCCACAUCUCCCCCUCAUCUCAAGGUGGAGGAGCGGCACCUCCCCAUAUCUCCCACAUCUCCCCCUCAUCUCAAGGUGGAGGAGCGGCACCUCCCCAUAUCUCCCACAUCUCCCCCUCAUCUCAAGGUGGAGGAGCGGCACCUCCCCAUAUCUCCCACAUCUCCCCCUCAUCUCAAGGUGGAGGAGCGGCACCUCCCCAUAUCUCCCACAUCCCCCCCUCAUCUCAAGGUGGAGGAGCGGCACCUCCCCAUAUCUCCCACAUCUCCCCCUCAUCUCAAGGUGGAGGAGCGGCACCUCCCCAUAUCUCCCACAUCUCCCCCUCAUCUCAAGGUGGAGGAGCGGCACCUCCCCAUAUCUCCCACAUCUCCCCCUCAUCUCAAGGUGGAGGAGCGGCACCUCCCCAUAUCUCCCACAUCUCCCCCUCAUCUCAAGGUGGAGGAGCGGCACCUCCCCAUAUCUCCCACAUCUCCCCCUCAUCUCAAGGUGGAGGAGCGGCACUUCCCCAUAUCUCCCACAUCUCCCCCUCAUCUCAAGGUGGAGGAGCGGCACCUCCCCAUAUCUCCCACAUCUCCCCCUCAUCUCAAGGUGGAGGAGCGGCACCUCCCCAUAUCUCCCACAUCUCCCCCUCAUCUCAAGGUGGAGGAGCGGCACUUCCCCAUAUCUCCCACAUCUCCCCCUCAUCUCAAGGUGGAGGAGCGGCACUUCCCCAUAUCUCCCACAUCUCCCCCUCAUCUCAAGGAUUUGCGCGCGGUGCACGACGCCGUGCGGACAAAGGACAUGGCGUCGGUGGUGCGGCUCUACUACCUCGAGAAUGGCCUCAAGAAGAAGGAGGAGCGCGAGAAGGCGCGCGACGCGCGAGAGCACCCGCGGCCCGCCAACGCCGCGCUGCCGCCGCUGGUGCACAAUGUGUGGGUGGAAAGCCAACCAUCACCCCUCGACGUCGCCCCGACUGCGCAGGAGGAGGGAGGAGAGGCGCGGCUGCGCGCGGCCGCCUGUCCGCAGCUUUUGUCACCGGCCGCGCCGCUCUCGCCCUCCCCAGGGGUGGUUAGCUCGGGUGAGGAGGAGCAGGGUUGAUUCGUCCCGCGGUCACACACAACCGAAGUCGACAGUUGAGACUCCUAGACUAAGUGACGACUAAAGGCAUUAGCCAUUGUCUAGUAGCCCGAACUACGGCUACUUGGUACUUCGUAGCCCGGUCGAACACCCUGGGUCGCGAUUUU